AUGCGCUUUGAGGCAGGCAAUACUGACUCCAUCACUAAAGAGUUACACGCUUUGAACCAAUGUGGGCCAAGCAGAAAUAUUGCCAAAAAGAGAGUUAUCUACACAAAGGAACCAUUUGACCAAAAUCUAAAAUCUUUUGUGAAGCUAUAUGCCAAAAAUCACAGCAACAUGGGCGAAAAGAAUGGCUACGUGAAUAUCCCUGUUUUGGUAAGCAACAAAAUGAGCGGUAAAGACCAUAUUGUGGAUAAGUACUACAAAGACAUUCGCAGAAUUUACCACUUUGAAAAAAGCUGCUGUGUUGAUGUCCCCGACCCAGAUGAAUCCGUUUUUCACUUUCGCAAUUUUGUCAGUGAGAACGAAGAACUACAAUUUCGUGCAGGUCACGAAGAGCUCGUUCCUGAGCAAGUGGCAAAUGAGUUGUUUGCCCAUCUCAAUCCUGGCGACAAAGUAGCCAUAACCUCACGCUAUCCCAAUCAUUUUCGAACAAGCAUGAUUGUGGAUGCUUUCAAGAAGCGAGAGAUUCAGGUUCGAGUCAUAGAGCCACGUUCCGGGGUGGCGGACUUUUGCUUCUUGAUGCAUGCCCAAAAAGAACUAGUUGGUACGGCCAGAUCUUCGUUUUUGAUGUGGGCUGGUCUCCUUGGAAACGCCACAAGGAGCUCAAAUCCCGCUUUCUUUUUGAGCGCUACAAUGCAAACUCAAGUAUAG